UUGAUUUGCACUAUUUGUCAUUUACUUAUAGACUCCUUCCUCUCUUCACUUCGACGUCAGUCAACUGGAACUGUGAGCGAUGCCGGUAGUUUCCGACCAAUUGAGAUUUCGCCUAAUAAGCCAAGUAGCUUUGCUACACAACAGCAAAAACAGCAUCAUCAGCAACAGCAACAAUUUCAGUUGAAUUCUAGUACUAGUAAAUACUCUUCCACGAUGCAGCAGCACCAGCAGCAGCAGCAGCAAACACAGCCUGCACUCCUCCAGAGCACGUCACAACAGUUGAAACCCCAACAGAUACAGCACCAACAACAAAUUCAAAAGAACCAACACACAAAGCAAAAAAUGGAGUGGAACAAUAGUCAUGAUCAAAGCAUCACGAAUAGCACCUCUGUGAAUAUUGCUGCCCCAGUACCUGUGAAUGGCCAAUUAGUGGAUCUUUCCCUCGUGGAGGCCACUUCACCAGUCUGGUAUCGUCUCAAGAUAUCACGACAAGAAGCCAUAUCAAUUCUCAAAAACCAACCCACUGGCAGUUUCCUUGUUCGUGAUAGCACAACCUUCAAGGACGCUUAUGGAUUGGCUGUCAAGAGUAGCAAACCACCUAACAAACCCGGACAGAAAUCAGGUUUCGCAAAAUUCAUGAAAAACAUCCUCAAAUUCACGGCUCUCUUUCCGCAUGUAGACGAUAUCAGCAAUGAUCUGGUUCGGCAUUAUCUCAUUGAAACUGUAACAACACCCACUCGAGGGGUUCGAAUCAAGGGUUUCAGUGCUGAGCAGGUGUUCCCCAAUCUUUUGGCCCUAAUUCAGUAUCACACUCAGUACCCUGUCGCGUUGCCAUGUUGUCUAGUCCUCCCGCCUAUACCGUCGAUCCAGACCAGUGCUGUUGUCACUAACACAGCGAGCAACUCAUCUCUUCGAAAUGGCAAUGGCAAUACCAACGGUGAUUCCGAUUCAAUCACUCUGGUGCAGAAUAAUGGAAUUCGUAGCUUGAAUCAAACACCCACAAGUUUCAAUGGAAAUAUUUCUACUGUUGCUGUGUCCGCGAUGCCGGCGACAAGAGGGGAGUCACUGGAUACCCCCAAUCCCUCAAGAAGCAUCACUUCUCCGCUCUCUCCAACAGCGGGGAUGUUCCACAGUGAGCUAAUCAGUCCUCCGCCUAAUAUAUCAUGCCGCUGUCUCUAUUUGGGAGCCGUGGAAGUGGAUAGUAAUCAGCCGGAACAGGCGAAUCUAAUGGCAGCAGUGGACACCCUAAUUCCCGGUCCAAUUCUACAGGCUGCAACCUGUGAUCAGCUUGGUGCGGAAAGUCCCAUUCAGUAUGCUGAAUGCCAACUGCAAGCAGCCCAUAACGAGGGCAUCUUGCUAACCGAUCUCUCUCGAAAGCUCUUCUUCCAACGCCACUUCUCUGCUAAUAGCUUCAUCUACGCUGGCAUCGACCACCGCGAUAAAGCUUUCCUACAUCCAAAUCACUCCGCUUUGGGAAUUGACAAACCAAAACUUUUCGGCCUUAUUAUCAAGAAGUUAAGCGGUGAGUAUAUGGCGCACAUAUUCUCUGAAUUUGAUGCUAAUUACGGAGCAGCCAUAGUAACUGCACAAAUCAAUUCGCUUCUACUGAAUAAGUGA